GAAAUCAUUCUUAUCCAAGCAAAGGGAAUGUAUAAAUACUCGGGGCAAAUGCUCACUAAUCAGUGAAGUCUGGUGGAUCUAAGCAGACAUCUGCAAGACCCAGUUCUGUGAACUGUAACCAUAAACCGACCCAUGGCCUGCCACAGUCACCUGGUCCUGCUCCUCCUCGUCCUGAUAGCAGUCAGCACACAGCUGUCACACGGCCAGCACUGGUCUCAUGGAUGGUACCCAGGAGGCAAGAGGGAGCUGGACAUGCCGGCUUCUCCAGAGGUCUCAGAAGAAAUUAAGCUUUGUGAAGGAGAGGAAUGCGCUUAUCUCAGGAACCCCAGGAAAAACCUGUUAAAGAACAUAUUGAAUGAUGUACUGGCAAGACAUCUCCAGAAGAAGUGACCCGUUAUAACCGAUUAUGCUACGCGUUUCACCCCGGACUCCUGUGUUGUUUUGAAGCCACGCCAUGUUUAACAUUCUCCUAGAGCAGCCGGUGCCCGGGCAUCAUUCACCACGCUGGGCACUGUUUUAUUUCUGUAUGAGACAUCCCUUAUACGCCAGCGGAUCUGUACGGGGCAGAUAUCCUUUGUUCUUAUACAUUGCCUUCUUCAUAUGUCCCAUUUUGUGUUUUCCUGGGAUUUUCAUAAAUAAUUUAUAUGUAUUUAGCUAGAUGACACUGCGGGGGGGGGGGGGGGGGGGGGGUUAAAAGGGGACAUCUUGAAAUAAAAUCCAUUGUCUGGAAUGCAGUCCAGUAUCUGUACGCAGAGGGGCAAUUCUGUAAAAAAGAAAAUAUAUAUAUAUGGCGGUCCACCACUAGAGGGAGCUAAAGAGCUUAUUGAGUUCCUCAGAUACAGCCCUUGGUUCCAUUACAUCACAUUCAAUGUAGCAGCCAUAGGCCACCCAGAAACAGCAUAGAUCCAUCUUCAUAGCUUGGAGUAGUUAGGUGCCCCUCAAAGGCCACCACAGCUCCCUGCCCCCAACAAAUAACACAGCUACACUAGACGUCCCUCAAGAAACAGUACAGCUCUAUGUCCACAUGGAACAACCUUCCAACUGGUACAGCUUGAUGUCCAGACAAAUGGUGUAGUUACAUGCCCCCAUGAAAUAGUGCCCCCAAAGACCACCACAGCUCCCUGCCCCCAAGACAAUGCACAGAGCAUCCACAUGACCACCAAGAAAUGGCACAGCUCCAUGGACACAAGGUGGCAUCUACAAGAAAA